AUGGCUUCCCCUCCGCCCAUUACCGCCUCGCUGCUGGCGUACACGUUCAAUCAAGACGCGACCUGCCUCGCCAUUGGCACCGACCGCGGCUACCAGAUCUUCACUUGUGAGCCGUGGGCGUCCGCGCACUCAUGCUCCGAGGGUGGAGUCGGCGUGGUCGAGCUCCUCCACUCCUCGUCGCUCGUCGCACUGGUCGGCGCCGGCACCCGCCCGGGAGAGUCGACGCGGCGGCUCGUGAUGCUCAACACCCGGACAAACACCUCCAUCUGCGAGCUGAACUUUUCUUCGUCCGUGCUGCGCGUGCGGAUGAACGCCUCGCGGCUGCUGGUUGUGCUCGAGACUCGGACGCACAUCUUUGAGCUCUCGUCGAUGAAGCUGCUGCACACCCUCGAGACGGCACGCCCCGCCUCGCCCCUUUGCAACCGCAGCAUCGAAGAAUACGCGCCUAACCGUCUCGGGCUCGCGGACAUGUGCGUCGCCGUCGGCCGCUGCCACGCCGUGCUGCCCGCCGCCGCGCCCGGCCAAAUCCUCUUCUUCGACGCGCUGCAGCUGCACGCCCUCUCGACGCUGCACGCGCGCAAGUCGGCCCUCGCCGCCCUCGCCAUCUCCCCUUGCGGCUCGCGUGUCGCGUCCGCCUCGGAGAAGGGCGCCGCCCGCCCGGCCCAGCACGCUCCUCCCCGCGCCGGGACGGUGAUUCCGACCCGCGUCGAGGACCAACUAGGCACCACCGUCUCGGUGCACUCCUUCCCGCAGGGCGAGCUGCUCCACGCCUUCCGCCGAGGAGCCAUCCCCGCCUCCAUCUACCACCUCGCUUUCUCCUCCUGCCUCCCGCCCCACGACGGCGCCGCCUCGGGCGCGGGCGCGGCGGCGGCGACGGCGCAGGUCUGGCGCUGCUCUCGAGCUGCGAUGCCGAUAUCCGGGCUUUAG